AUGACAACACCCAACACAAGCCAGACGGCCAUGUCAGAAUUGGCAGAACUCAAACAGCAAAGGGCCUCAACCAAAGCGAGUAUCAGUAGGAUUAAAGGGUUGAUCGAAACCCACAUAAAGGGGACUGGAAAAUUAUUGUCACAGCCGGAAUUAAAAUGUAGGCAAGGUAUCCUAGAUUCUUACUUUAAACAGGUCUUAUCAUUUCAGACAUCAAUUGAGAAACUAGAUGCUACCGAUACGUGCAGAGCUGACUUAGAGGAGCUUUAUAUUUCAACAAAAAUUUCCAUAUCUUCGCAGCUGAAUGAUGAAGCUAAUAAUUCUACAAUGAUGGACAACACAGCAUUGAUACCUCCUGUGAGUAAGAAGUUGCCGCAUUUGAAAUUACCCACAUUCAGUGGUAAGUACUCCGAAUACAAGAACUUCAUCAAUUCUUUCGUCCAAAUUAUUGAUCGAGAAGCGUGUCUAACCAACAUCGAAAAGUUUAACCAUUUACGAAAUUGUCUAACGGGCCAAGCAUUAGAAACAGUGCAGGCAUUCCCCAUUUGUAAUGAAAAUUAUCCGAAGGCUUUAGAGCGACUUAAAACACG